AUGGGUAUUAUUUUGGAACAUGAGCAUGAGACAAUUAAUUUAGCCAAAGGUUUUUAUAAUUUAUAUUCAGCUUCAAACUUGUGUCUUGAAAUAACACCCAUAGAAUUAUUUAUUCAAUAG